AAAAAUGGAUAGUUUGGAUACUCCACAAAAGAAGAAGGCAAACCAUUCCUGCAUGCAACUCUUAAUAAGUCGUGCAGAGGACGUACUUCGAGAUGUUCUCAAUACUCAGUUACAAUCACGAUAUCCAGGGCUCUAUGGACCAUCAAGUAAUGGAGUGAUAACUGAUGUCUUAAAUGACAAAACUGUGACACAUACCUUGCUCAGUCUGAAGUCAAAGGGAGUGAAGAGAAAGAGGAUUUUAGACCAAGGUCAAAUGGAUAUUCUCUAUCCUCCUGCGAGCCCCGCCCCUCCUGUGACAUUGCAAGACUUAGGUAUAACCCUGAUCUUAGUCUUAUUAAGAAACAUCACAAACUUGAAUCCUCAUGCAAAAUGGGACAAUCCUCCUGCCACGGAUACAUCGACAGAGGCCAACAUCGCCAGGGUGAAGGGGUACCGCAAUAAGCACGCUAAUGGGACAGAUGGUCUCUCAGACGCAGACAUUCAGAGCCAGUUCGCUGAUUUGAAAGCUAUCCUGCUGUCUCUGUCGACAUUGUAUACUAAUGAUGACUAUGACAAACUGCUGAUUCAGCCCCUCGAUGCCUCAGAAACCCUUUGUCAGUUGCUCUCCACGAAGUUACCCAGAACAAACACUGAGUUGAAGGGCCGUGAUGACAUCAUUACCACGAUACAGCAACAUAUCAGAGAUAAAGCUCCACUCAUUCUCCUGACCGGGAUGGGGGGUAUUGGUAAGACCAGCAUAGCAGUUAAGGUUGGGCAAAACUUUCAAAAUGUGCUAUACAUUGAUAUGAGACACGUUACAGAUCUUAACUCUGUCAGAGUUUCACUUGUCCAACACUAUCACCCAACACACCCUUUGAAAGAUUUAUACCCCUAUUAUAACAGCAUUUUCAAACAUACAUUGUCUUGUUUGACUACAGAUACACUCCUUAUCCUGGAUAAUAGCGACCACGUUCUAAGUUCGAACAGGGAGGAGUUUUGUGAUUUUUUAAAGGAUGUAACUGAUUCAACGAAUCAUAUCACUUUGUUAUGUACCAGUCGUGAAAGGUUUGAUUCCAAAACACACAACAAAGUUGUGGUAGACAUUGGCCCACUCGAUAAAACCUCAUCACGUGAAGUCUUAUGGGAAAGAAAACCAAGCAGCCCCUCGGACAGUGAGUCAAAGGCUUUAGUCGAAAUGGCUAACAUGUGUAACCAUAACCCUCUAGCUUUAAAAUUGCUAGCAGCACUACUUGAUGAAAAAAACACCGAAGAGGUAUUAGAAAAAAUGAAAAUGCAAACGAUGUUACCCACUCUUGUCAUUCCCAGCGUGCCAACAGAGAUCACAGCUUGCCUUGAUAUAUCUUGUGAAAUGUUAGAACCGGAGGCAGAAAAGGUGUUUCAUGCACUGCGUGUAUUUCCCGUUGCUUUUUACCUCAAAGAAGUCUCUGAUAUUUUCGGGUUAAAACAAAAUGAUUGUGAACAUAUUCUAGACAGUCUUGCCAAAAAAUCCCUCAUUAGUGCAGAUAAUGGCAUCUAUGACAUCCACCCUUUACUUAGGGAAUAUGCAGAAUACAAAGCCCAGAAAUGCAGCAAUUACAUUUGUGAAAUCCAAGAUGCCUAUUGCAGUUAUUAUAUAGAAGCAUUCAGAAUGGUAGAAUACAAAAGUGUUGGUGUUUCAAAGUCAAGUCUUCUAUCGGUGAUGUUACCACAUAUAAAACACACUGCUGAUUUACUUAUCAAACAAUUAGAGUCCCAGGAGGUGUCUAAAAAACGGGAAAGUGUAGACAUAUUAGCUUCGAUUGCAAACACAUUCUGUCACAUUUAUCUCUGUAAUAAUGCUCUACAUAUUUUAAAAUUAGUGGCCCAUGAACAGGAGGCACUGUUAGGACACAAACAUCCCGACACUGCCACCACAUACAGCGAUAUUGGUAAUGUUCUUCAGGCCAUGGAAACCCUUUGUCAGUUGCUCUCCACGAAGUUACCCAGAACAAACACUGAGUUGAAGGGCCGUGAUGACAUCAUUACCACGAUACAGCAACAUAUCAGAGAUAAAGCUCCACUCAUUCUCCUGACCGGGAUGGGGGGUAUUGUGGCACAUGAAAAAGAGGCACUGCUAGGUCACAAACAUCCCGCUAUGGCCGCCACAUACAACGAUAUUGGUAAUGUUCUUCAGGCCAUGGCAAUAUUGGUAGUGUACUGA